UAGUUUAUAGGCAAAGCAAAAGAUCUGAGGCCAGAGGGAUACGGUGAGUGUCCUCCUACUGUGGAGGUCCUGACAUUGGACCAGUCACGUAAGACUAGCACCGACCUUCAGCCUACAGAUGAAAAAAACAACAGGAAUCCCCAGAUCGUCCUCUAAAUCACAUCUUCCCUGUACAUCUUGAGAUCAUGGUGGCAGAAAGACAGCUAAGAAAUCAGCUCAGCAAGGUUUCAAAUGAGCAUCCGGGUUUUUGUUUUAAACAUCAGUGGUGGAGUAUGACAAAAGAAAGACAAAACUAUGGAAACUUCAGAGGCAAUGUAGAGGGCAAGGACAAAUCUGUCAAGACAUUGUCCUUCUGAGGACAAACGCAUUUUCAGGUCCCUGGGAUGGGGGAUAGAUCCACAGAUAACUGAAUGAUGAAAGGCCAUUUACUCCGUUGAAAACAUACUCUGUUAAGUCAGGCUGAAAUGCCAUGUGUACACGUUUUCUUUAUGUAACUUGACUUUGCCCGUGAGUCAGAUAGCAGAUCCGAACCCAGAAUGAAACUAUGCAAAGCGUUCCACACGGGAUGCAAAUGUCAAACAUAGCAGAGGUAAGACUUCAGAAAACGUUGUGUGGGUGUGUUUUCACUUGGAAGGACAAAUAGACAAACUGGACUCUCUCUCUCUUUUCCCUGCAGAUGGGUAAAAUUUAUGAAAUGCGGAUGAUGAUGGAUUUUAAUGGCAACAAUCGAGGGUAUGCAUUUGUAACUUUCUCAAAUAGACAAGAAGCCAAGGACGCCAUCAAACAACUUAACAACUACGAAAUUAGAAACGGGCGUCUCUUAGGGGUGUGCGCCAGUGUGGACAACUGCCGGUUGUUUGUCGGGGGGAUCCCCAAGACCAAAAAGCGAGAAGAGAUCUUAGCGGAGAUGAAAAAGGUCACCGAGGGAGUCGUCGAUGUCAUUGUCUACCCGAGCGCCGCAGAUAAAACCAGAAACCGGGGCUUUGCCUUCGUGGAGUACGAGAGUCAUCGGACAGCUGCCAUGGCCCGAAGGAAGCUGCUGCCAGGAAGAAUUCAGUUAUGGGGACAUCCUAUCGCAGUAGACUGGGCAGAACCAGAAGUAGAAGUUGACGAAGACACAAUGUCUUCGGUGAAAAUCCUGUAUGUGAGAAACCUGAUGCUGUCUACUUCUGAAGAGAUGAUUGAGAAAGAAUUCAACAAUAUUAAACCAGGUGCUGUGGAGAGGGUAAAGAAAAUCCGCGACUAUGCUUUUGUGCAUUUCAGCAGUCGAGAGGAUGCAGUUGAGGCAAUGAAAGCUUUAAAUGGAAAGGUAAUAUAGGACAGUGUGCGUGCACACACACACACACA